GCAACUCAAGUUGCAGACUUCUAAGAUGAAAGACAAGCAUCCAAACUGCACAAUAGGAUUUUUUUCUUUCUUUUCUUCUGCAGACACCUGUCAUCAUCAGCCAUCGAUGUUGCAAGUUAGAGGCAUUUGCCUAUAAAUAGGGCGAUUAGACGCGCACACGCGCAAACUUCGCGAACUCCAAAUAUGACAACGCUGCGGAGAGAAGUCGGGGUCCCGGGCUGCUCCCUCCUCGCCGACGAGGACUCCUUCGACAUGUGGCACGACUACAUGAACCUGGCCAGGUUCCUGGAGCGGCUGUGCGUCCGGCGCGACGGGGAGCGCGGAGACCUCGAGCUGGGGCCAAAGCAGGAGCCGGCGGCACCGUGGGGCCACGUCCCGGCCUCGUCCCCCCGACGCGACGAGGACCUCAGAUCCUCCGCAGAGACGAGCUCGGCCAGCAGCCUGUCGGACACCAGCAGUAGUUCCCCCGACUACUGCCGCUUCUGCAGGCAGAACGGGGAGACUCCGGGGGUGUACUGGUCGCACAAGCUGAAAUCCGACGAGGGCAAAAUCACCUGUCCCGUCCUCCGGAACUACACCUGUCCCACCUGUGAAGCCACCGGGGACUACGCUCACACGCGCCGGUACUGCCCGCAGGCGCAGCGGAGGAGGGCUGCGAAAAUGCUGCCAAGGUCCAGGUUCUGGUAGCUGGUGAUGGACUACCGAAAGACUGUACAUAAUUACCCCCGCCAAAAAAAUUAUAAUAUUUUGGCCAUGUGUUCAUGCGCACAGACUGUUUCAGGUUCCCAAAGGUGCAGAAAUGUGCAGUUUGGUGUGAGUCUUGUUUGAGACCAGCCGCAAAAUUUGUAUAUAUUUUGGAUGAAUGUUUCUAAAGUUUUCUUACACGGAACAGACUUGGCUGUACACAUUCACACGAACACGUGUUUUUCUUCUUCUUAUCCUUGUGUUCGUACAUGACGCGCCUCAUUUACAAACAUUCUGCAAAUAAAACUUGAUGUGAAGGCAAA